AUGACGAAAGCACAGGAGGAGCUGAUAAGGAAGGACCUGACUGAGCUAGGGAGUGUUGUGAGGACGUUUGCUAACAAAAACGAUGGAUUGGAACAGGCGGUCAGGGCGAUAGAGUAUAGGCAGGAAGGCACGGAGAAGGCCAUUAAAAACCUGGACCAGAAGUACGAGAGCAUGAUGUCAAUGAUGGCUCAAAUGAUGGCCAAAUUGAAUGAAUCUGGGAGAAGGGAUGAGGGAAGCAGUUCUGGGAACUGGAUGCUGAAUGAGAAAAAUGUCUCUUUCAUGCCUGACAGAACCCACCCUAACCACCCUCCAGAGGAAGUUUCAGCUUUUGUUGCUCCUGCGGAUAUUCAGGCAUUUACAAGUGAUUCCAAGAAUAAAUUGGCAGCUCGUUGCCGAGGGAAGACAGUUAAAUACUUUGCACAAGCUGUGAGGGAAAUUUCUGAAGAAUUUGAACGGUUGCAACAUCAAAGUCCAAGUGGCCUCAGAGAUGAUAAAAGUCCAUUGGCAUUUGUAACUGAUGUGCAUUCUGCCGAUGGGGAAAUAGGUGAUGCUAUAGAGGCUGAUCUAAAGGAAGUGAGUGGGAAUAAGGGAAUUAAUCAGCCAACAGAGGUCAGAGGCUUGGGUGACCAUGGCACUGGCUCUCAGAGACAAGAGGAGAUGGACCAUAGGGACAUAAAGUCCACCUUUGAUGAUGGAAAUGGGGGUUUGUCUAAGAGGAGCAAGUUUUGUGAUGGUCGCGCUGAUUUAGUGAAAAAGGAGGUGAUGUCAACAUCUAUUUCAAGCCGUCGUUCGCUUCAUAAGGAAACUUCUUGUGAAAGGAGAGUUGAAGAGUCUUCUUCAAGGCAAAUGAGUCAUGGAGGGGGCUCAAAGGUUAGUGAAAACUAUUCUCCUGAUGCGGCAGAAGAAGGUUUGACAGCUUCAUUGUCCUCAGAGCAUGAGAACUAUCCUGAUGUUGCAGAUGAUUUUAGAAAUGGACGCAAAUCAAGGGUAGCUUCUGGAGAUGAGGCUGACAAAAGAAUUGGAUUUGGUGGCAAGCAGUCAUCUCAGAAUUUGGUGAAAAGUGAUGGUGGGAAAAAAGUGAAAAAAUUGUUGAAAGAUAAUAAGAAUUUUGAUCUGAAGGAUAAGCCUCAGACACAUGUUGAAGAAAGUUCUGUUGAUGAGGUUAAGUUUUCCAGCAAGAAACAAGGGCAAGGAAAACAAAUUUCAAAAAGUAAUGAAGUCUCAGAUCCUGCCAGAAGGUCAAAAUGUGAUGAUGUGACUGAUGAUUCCAAGGUGUCACUGCAAAGCAGAAAGGUUGAGGCCCAAAUGAAGAAUAAAAAAAUGGUAGAAGUAGAGGGUAAAAGGUCUGUAGUGCUGGGGAAAGGAGAAAGUCAACUGGACAUGAGAACUCUAUCGAGCACUACUGAUUCCAAUCUUUCUGGUGAUGAAGAUGUUCUCCCUCCACCAAAGCGCCGUCGUCGUGCACUGGAGGCUAUGUCCACCGCCUCUGCUUUGAAUUUUGAAACUAGAAUUGGAAGAAGUUCUGCUGUACUGAAGAACGACAUGUCAAGGCGGAGAGCUGUUCGCCUAUGCGAUGACGAUGAAGAAGAAGAGCCCAAAACUCCUGUUCAUGAAGGGUCUACAAAGAAAGUCUUGGCUAAUGUGCAUGGACCGGUUUCUACAAAGAGAGGCGACGUACAUACUUCUUUUUCUGAUCAAUUUAGCAAAAGAGGUUCUGGUCCACCUGAGGGUCAAUCUGCUAAGAAAUUGGUACUAUCUGGUGAUCAAUUGGUUGAGCACUCGUCUCCUAAUUCUCAGCAAACUGAGGAGAAGAAGCAAGGGAAAGCAACGGCUUUCCACAUUUCUUUUAGUCCUGGAAAACUAGAGUCUGAGAAAGUAUCUCUCAAGGAAAGUAAACAGGUUUCUGUUUCCCCUAGAAGUUCCCCUCUCUCUUUUUCUGCUGUUAAAUCAGUGACAGACCUUCAAAAGUCCUAUAAGCUCUCGGGUAAGGUUCCUAGCAACAUGCAUCAGAGAAAGGCUACGGCAUCUGACCCUGGUGUGACUUCUGAGUGCAUGAACUCAACAGCUAAUCAGCAAAAUGAAAGAUGCAAGCCAGAAAUUUCCGCAGACAGAAACAAAGCUACUCCAAAAUCUCAUCCUAAGACCAAUGAUGUUCCUCUUCCAUUAGGAAUGACGGAAAAUCGUUUCUUACAGGGGGAAAGAUCUGAAGAUGGUAAAGAUGACAAACUAAGUUCUUCAAUUGAUCAAAGAUCUUCGGAUUCUGUUUUGUCCAUGAAACAUCUUAUUGCAGCUGCUCAGGCCAAAAAGAAACAAGCUCAUUUGCAGAACUUCAGUGACAACCCUAAUUUUCUUCUGGCACUAAACACUGAUGAACCGGUGAGGACCCCUAGCCCUGCUCCUGUUGCUCAGCCUAUGGGGUCCAGCAGCAUGGCACCUUCAGAUGUACAGGGAUUUCUUCCUAAAUCAUCGAUGAUUUCUCCUCCAUCUGAUAUAUAUCAUGCUUCGUCAACUAAUCAACAUGACACUGAAGAAUUUGUAGAGGGGAUUAGUUCUGGGCAUCGGACUGCUGGGGGUUCACUUAGUGGUGGUACUGAGGCUGCUGUUUCUCGUGAUGCCUUUGAAGGAAUGAUAGAGACAUUGUCAAGGACAAAAGACAGUAUUGGACGUGCUACACGUCUUGCUAUUGAUUGUGCAAAGUAUGGCCUUGCCAAUGAGGUGGUUGAACUUCUCAUUCGGAAAUUGGAGAGCGAGUCAAGUUUUCAUCGGAAAGUGGACCUGUUUUUCCUUGUGGAUUCAAUAACUCAAUGCUCUCAUAGUCAUAAAGGCAUUGCAGGAGCUUCUUACAUACCUGCUGUUCAAGCAGCACUGCCUCGUCUCUUAGUUGCUGCUGCACCACCUGGACCCGGUGCUCGUGAAAAUCGUCGUCAGUGUCUAAAGGUUCUGCGGUUGUGGCUUGAGAGGAAAAUUUUGCCUGAUUCUCUUCUGCGACGUUAUAUGGAAGAUAUUGGAGUAGUAAGCGAUGAUACAUCUUCUGGGCUGUCCCUUAGACGUCCAUCCCGAGCUGAGCGGGCUAUAGAUGAUCCUAUUAGGGAAAUGGAAGGCAUGCUGGUUGAUGAGUAUGGGAGCAAUGCUACAUAUCAGUUGUCUGGAUUUUUCUCAUCUCAUGUCUUUGAAGAAGAAGAGGAAGAGGAGGAAACUCACCAUACUGCGGUCCAGGAAGCUGCAGAUUUAUCACCUCUGCAACGUACCCCUGCCGCAGGAGAUUUUGACAAUUAUAAUUUCACUCCAAAUGAGAAACGUCACCACAUCUUAGAGGAUGUCGAUGGUGAACUUGAAAUGGAAGAUGUUUCUGGACACCAGAAGGAUGAAAGAUCACCAAUGACUGGUGAUACCUUGGGGACUGAUCCAAGUAAUGUAACUUCUGUCAAGAUUGGCGAAUCAACUCUAAGCAUACCUUUUGAAUUGCCUCCUCUUCCUGAGGGUUCUCCACCUCUGCCUCUAGAUUCUCCUCCAGCAACCCCACCUUUGCCAUCUUCACUGCCUCCGUCACCUCUGCAGCCUCCAAUGCCACCUCCAAUGCCCUUGUCUCCGGCUCCGGCUCUGGCUCCAGCUCCAGCUCCAGCUCCUCCACCACCGCCCCUCUUGCAGCCACAUGCAAUUCUGCCGUCUAUUGGUCUUCCUCCCCCAGUAUUGCCUCAACCAUCUUUACCACCUCAGCCUUCAAUGGCCUCUCAACAUGUAAACCUGCUUCCAUCUUCAAAUUUAGCCUCAUCGGUGGCAGCAUAUCAAAAUGGUCCUGUGCUACCAGAAAUUGGUGGAAACCCUGGUGUGAACCCUCUUACAAAAGUGGCUGGAAAUGCUUCUCACGGACCUCCUGUUGAUGCAUCUGUGAGAAAUGAAAUGUUUGCUCAACAGGGACCUAGCUUUGUGCCAAUUGGUGUAGGAACCACACAAGAACCCUCUCGAUAUAGUUCAACUAGGUCUUUGGAAUAUGGGCAUAGUAACAUGUAUGCAAAUUCACUAGCUUCUCAACCCAAUAUGCAAUUCCAGCCUGGAAAUGUGCCUUUCACUCAAAGGCCUUUGCCUCCAAACCCCCCACCUCAAGGUACACCAAGUCAUUUCUCAUAUCCAGUGCCCACAAUCCGGCAUCAUUCUCCUGCUGUUCAGCAUCAUCCUCCUCCGAUUCAGAAUCCCUUGCCUCCUGUGCAGCAUCCUCCACCUCACUCCUAUACUCUGCAAUAUUCUGUGCCUAAUUUUGCUGAUGGAUCAAGGCAUUUUUCUGUUGAUGAACAAUGGAGGAUGAGACCUAGUGACUUGAACUCUGAUCAGCGUGGUGUGUGGAUGCAUGGAGUGAGAUCAUGUUCGGGUCCAGCUUAUGCCCAGGAUGGUUAUCCUAUGCCACCUCCAGAGAAGCCCUCUGUUGGUGCUGCUAGUUUUCAACCAUCAGUCCUGAACACAUAUCCAAGUGGUACUUCAGUCCCAGGUCAUGGUGUAAAUAACAUAAUUCCUGGCAGACCAGAUAUGUCUGCGUUCAGUUGGAGGCCUGCUUAAAAGUGGAGAGUCCUUUAGCUCCGUGGCUGUGGGAGAUCAUUGAUACUGGAUUUUUCGGGGAAACUCACCACCCAAUGCUUAUCUGUAACUUGCGAAUUGGAUCACAGCAAAAUGAAUGUGUUCAGAAGUUUUGAUGACCCUUAACAGGAUUGUGUAUAUUGUAAUUUUCCUGACAAAAGCAUCCUGCAAACAUAUGCUUCGAAUUGUAAGCCAUUUUACUCUGUAGACUAAGUCUUGUAAUUAUUCCAAAUUCAUAUAGGAAUGAACUUAGACACUGACUUUUAACCAUUGCUGGUAUUUUUUACUCAAGACUUCUUCCCAUCCCCA